CUUUCUCAUCCAUUUUCUUAUUUCUCUUAUUAUACUCUCUCUCAACUAGUUACCUUUACUUGAUUAUACAAGUGUGGCAGUGUGAUGAUAAUUAUGGGGUUUGCGCUUAAAUAUGGUUAUUCCAUUCUUUGUGUCGUGGCAGUGGCACUACUGCCUGCAAUAAGUCACUCCCAAGACUACACAUGCUCAAGAGCAACUUAUUUUGGGAGCCCUGAUUGCUUAGGGACCCCAAGUAAGUAUAAAUCUGGAGCUUGCGGGUUUGGAGGAUAUGGAAGGACGGUCAAUGACGCUAAUGUAGCUGGUGUUUCAAGACUCUUCAAGAAUGGUACUGGCUGUGGUGGUUGCUAUCAGGUGAGAUGCAAAGCUUCAAACCUUUGCUCUGAUGAUGGGGUGAACGUAGUGGUUACUGACUAUGGUGAAGGAGACAAAACUGACUUCAUCCUCAGCACACGUGCAUACGCAAGAAUGGCACGUCCAAACAUGGCCCUAGAGCUGUUCGCAUAUGGUGUUGUUGAUGUAGAAUUCAGGAGGAUCCCUUGCCGCUACAAUGGUUAUAAUCUCAUGUUCAAGGUCCAUGAACACAGCAGGUUUCCUGAGUACUUGGCCAUAGUUCUUCUGUACCAAGCUGGCCAAAAUGAGAUUUUGGCUGUGGAAUUACGGCAGGAGGAUUGCAAGGAAUGGAGAGGCAUGAGAAGAGCCUAUGGGGCAGUGUGGGAUAUACCUAAUCCACCAAAGGGUGCCAUUAGCUUGAAGCUCCAGGUCUGUGGCAGCGCAGGGGUGACAUGGGUCCAAGCAGAUAAUGUUUUACCAAGUGAUUGGAAGGCUGGGGUUGCUUAUGACUCUGCCAUUCAGCUUCCUUGAAGAUUGAAGGACUAAGUCAUUAGUUUGCAGCUAGUCGGACAUAAAGAAGCCGCUAGUUUGUUGUUUAAUUUCUGCUUAGUUUGUUUGCCUUCGGUUAUUAUGUAUUUUGUAAUCCAGCAAUUUCUCUUUGCUGUGAACAAUAAAAAUUGGGUUUCUGUACUUCGUAUUGGUAAGGAUAUAUAUCCGUUUAUUGGGAUCUUCUGAUA